GCUUCGCGGAACAUAAUGAUAGACCGCAUCACAAAGCUUCUCUAUACAUGUUAUGAAAGAUCCAAGUUUAUUGAUAUUUCAUAAAAGUGUAAAGUUUUAUAUAUAGAAGCGAUAUCUUAAUUGUCUUGGCUGAAUAUUCGAAGAAUCUGAUGGAGUUGUAGAAAUCGGAUCCUCGGUGAUCUCUGCAGUUUUAUAUGAACUUGGGAUCAUAAAAUCGAGAUUUUGGCUGAUCGCUAAGAAGGCACAACCUGUCUAUUGCGUGGAUCUCCGUGGUGAUCAAAAGACAUGCAGCUGUGUCAGCAGCAUUGACAGGACACACACUAGGGCAACAUGGAGUCUUUUACUGAGACCCAGGGGGAGCCUGACAAAGCUCUGCAUCAUGCAGAGAUUAGAGAGCACCCUGCCACAUCAGCGGCCUUAAUGCCAGGUGAUGAGGCGGUGCUCUUGACCCCUGGGAGGAUGAGUCAGCGCCAGGGCAAGGAGGCCGGGCUGCACACGCCCAGCAGAGACCUGCUCACAAGCCCCUCCCUUAGCCCAGGGAUCAGCUACAGCCACGGUUUCGAUCGGGGAAAAGAUGAAAUCUUGCCUCUCAAAGAGGAUUCCUCACAUUCCAUAUCAAAAAGCAAGUCUGAGUCCAAACUCUACAAUGGCUCAGAUAAAGACAUCUCAGCCUCUGGGAACAAGCUCACGAAGAAAGAGUCUCUUAAGGUGCAGAAGAAGAACUAUAGGGAAGAGAAGAAACGUGCCACAAAGGAACUACUCAGUACCAUCACAGACCCCUCAGUCAUUGUCAUGGCUGACUGGCUGAAGAUCCGAGGUACUCUGAAGAGCUGGACCAAGCUGUGGUGCGUGCUGAAGCCAGGUGUGCUUCUCAUCUACAAAACCAACAAGAAUGGGCAGUGGGUGGGCACCGUGCUCCUGAAUGCCUGCGAACUCAUCGAGAGACCCUCUAAGAAGGAUGGUUUCUGCUUCAAACUCUUCCACCCACUGGAGCAGUCCAUAUGGGCCGUCAAGGGUCCUAAAGGAGAGGCAGUGGGUUCCAUCACACAGCCCCUACCAAGCAGCCACCUUAUCUUUCGUGCAGCCUCCGAGUCUGAUGGUCGCUGCUGGAUGGAUGCUUUGGAGCUGGCUCUGAAGUGUUCCAGUCUUUUGAAGAGGACUAUGAUCCGAGAGGGCAAAGAAGAACUUGGGCCUACUGCUGAGCACUCACACAUCAACUUCUAUAGCCUGCUGCGUGCACACAACAUGCAAGGCUUUCAGUUUAAUGACAGCGAUCAGUUCAAAGACCCAGACCUGUACUCAGACAAAUCGGAUCGAGAGAACGAACCAGAACACGAAGAGUCUGACAACGAGGCGCUGGAGAAGAGUGAGGAGAGUGACAGCGACACCUCUGAGCGUCAGGACGACUCCUACGUGGACCUGGACCCAAACGAGGCUCUACGGGAGACUACAUACGUAGAGCAGAGCCAUGAGGAGCUGGGGGAGGCUGGUGAAGCAUCUCAGACAGAGACAGUGUCUGAGGAGAAUAAGUCUUUAAUCUGGACUCUUCUGAAACAAGUGCGACCAGGGAUGGAUCUGUCAAAAGUGGUUCUGCCCACCUUCAUCCUGGAGCCGCGGUCUUUCCUGGACAAGCUGUCUGACUACUAUUACCACGCUGACUUUCUCUCUGAGGCUGCUGUGGAAGAGAACGCCUACAACCGCAUGAAGAAGGUAGUGAAGUGGUACAUCUCUGGGUUCUAUAAGAAGCCAAAGGGCUUGAAGAAGCCAUACAACCCCAUUCUUGGAGAAACAUUCCGCUGUAUGUGGAUCCAUAGGAGGACCAACAGCAAGACCUUUUAUAUCUCAGAGCAGGUAUCCCAUCAUCCUCCAGUGUCCGCCUUCUAUGUAAGCAACAGGAAGGAUGGUUUCUGCCUCAGCGGCAGCAUCCUGGCCAAGUCCAAGUUUUAUGGUAACUCUCUGUCGGCCAUCCUGGAUGGAGAGGCCAGGCUGAGUUUUCUGAACCGAGGAGAGGACUAUGUGAUGAACAUGCCAUAUGCACACUGUAAAGGUAUCUUGUAUGGCACAAUGACCCUGGAGCUGGCAGGACAAGUAACAGUAACCUGUGAAAAGACCGGCUAUAGCGCUCAACUGGAGUUCAAACUUAAGCCAUUUUUGGGCAGCAAUGACAGUGUCAAUAACAUUGCUGGAAAGAUCAAACUGGGCAAGGAGGUGCUGGCCACACUGGAGGGACACUGGGACAGUGAGAUAUUCAUCAAUGAUAAGAAGACGGGGGUGGUGGAGACAUUUUUUAACCCUACCCCGGAGCUGCGGCAGAGUCGUCUGACGCGCUGCACCGUGUCUACGGAGGAACAGGCCGAGUUUGAGUCCGAGAGGCUAUGGCAGCAUGUGACCCGUGCUAUCAACAACAAAGACCAGACCGAGGCCACCAAUGAGAAAUUCAUUCUGGAGGAGGCUCAGAGGAAAGCAGCACGUGAGCGUAAGGCCAAGUGUGAGGAGUGGAUGCCGGCGCUGUUUGAGCAGGACCCCAUCACAGGGGAGUGGCAUUACAAAUAUGCUGACACUCGUCCGUGGGAUCCUCUGAACGAUUUGAUUCAGUUUGAGAAAGAUGGCUGGAUCCAGACUAAAGUGCGUCACAGGACCCCAAUGGUGACGGGCCCCAAGCGUAAACACAAACAGAGUGAUAAACCGAAGAGUCCAGAGAGUGGCUGCUCCUCCCCUGAGCCAGAUCAUCAAGACUCGUCAGGCAGUGAGAGUGAGUCCUGUCACAACAGCAGGUUAAGGAAAAAGGGAACAGACCUGAGUGAACUUCAAAGUGCCAUUGAAUCCAUAAAGCAAACCCAGGAGGAUAUUAACAGGAGUAUAAGCGCCUUGCGAAGCCGUGCAGCAGCAGCCAGUCAGUCAGCGUCAGAGGGCAGCUUCCUUCAGCAGCGUGACUACGCCAUCAUCAUCUUCCUCAUCUUCCUGCAGGUCUUCAUUAAUUUUCUCUUUAAGUAGCAAACAGAGGCAACGGUAGGCCUCAGGAAAACCAGGACCUUUUUUUCUAUGGUUGACCAAUGGGACGUCAUGAAAGAGAAGGGUUAACCACAGAGACCCGCCCACUGAGCCUCUCUCUCUCUCUCUCUCAUGACUGGAUGUAACAGAUUGCGUGUUCUGAGCUUGCUCCCCAUGAUCUUCAGAUGUGUCCUCAAGAGGGAGCACAACUUGUCCACUUUUUAUUUCCCUCCCCCCCACCCCUUUUUAAUGAAGUGCACCACUGUUGUCAUGGUAACAGUGCAGUCCCUAUACUUCGGCAAAGUGGACGGCGAAAGA